GCGGCUCCCGGAGCGGCGGCGGCGGCUCGGAGCAUCUGUUGAAGAGUGUGUCAAAAUGGAUUGUGAGUAUGUGAGGAAGAUCAACCAUUACCGUCAAAUACAUAAAGCUACAGUGGACUAUGACACCAUCAAUAUGACGGGCCCACCUCAUGAUCCUGAGUUCACAGUUGUGGUCAAAAUAAAUGAUAAGGAAUAUGGUACAGGCACUGGUAAAAGUAAAAAAGAAGCAAAAGCAGUAGCAGCAAAAGAAACGUGGAAGAUGAUUGAGAAACAGCAGGAGAGUCCCUCAAAUACAGCAGCUGCCGAGUUAAGGACAACUCAAACAACUUCAUCACCUCCAGUAGACAAAGAUUAUGUCACCCUAUUAAAUAUCUAUUCACAAAGGAAUUGUCAAAUGGUUGAUUACCCUAACAUGAUUCGUACCGGAGAUGCCCAUGCUCCCAUAUAUUCUAUUAGCUGUGCAAUUAAUGGUCAUGUGUAUGGAAGGGGCACUGGACGUUCCCUAGUUGCUGCAAAACAAGCUGCUGCAAAAGAAGCAUAUGAGAAGGUGGAAGCUGAAAUAUCUAAUGACAGCUGCUCAUCUAACUCAGAAAACAGUAUUUGCUUUGUUGACUCAGCUGCAAAGUUGGAAGAAAAUAUGAAAGACAUGGCAAUUAGUGAAAAGCCUUCACCUAUUCAGAGAAAUGCACCAAGUGCUAUCCCGAAGCCCAAAAGAAUAUUGGCAGCUAAUUUUGUCAAUGUAAGAAACAAGGAAGAAGAAAAAAAUAUGACAGAUUCAAAUGAAAGUGUGCCAGGCAUGGACACAAAUACUGGAGAAGAGAAUGGGAGUCCACACACUGUCAAUAACAUAUUUCUCGAUCUUUUUGAAAAAAUAGAGCCUAUUGAUAAAGGUGGUUAUGGGACUGUUUUCAAGGCAACAUCAAAGUCUGAUAAGACAACCUACGCAAUCAAACGAGUUAAAUUCACAGAGAAAGUAGAGCGUGAAGCAAAGGGACUUGCAAUUCUUACACACGAGAACAUAGUGCGGUAUCAUUCCAGCUGGACAGGGUAUGACUAUAUAAAGAACCGAGAUACAAGCAAGAAUUCAGACAAAGAAACCCUCUGUCUUUUCAUCCAAUUGGAAUUCUGUGAACAAGGGACAUUGGAAACGUGGAUUACAAAAAAUAGUGAAAACCGACAGUAUCAUGCAAUGGCACAAGACAAAUUUUUGCAAAUAGUAAAAGGAGUGGAAUAUAUUCAUUCUCAAGGCCUAAUUCAUCGAGACCUCAAGCCUCAGAAUAUAUUUAUAUCACGUGAUGAUAAAAUAAAAAUAGGUGAUUUCGGUCUUGUGACUUCUGUGACAUUUGAGACUCAGACUGAGUACAAAGGAACAAAAUCGUAUAUGGCACCAGAACAGUUUGGUACCAAAUAUGGAAAGGACGUAGAUAUUUAUGCACUGGGAUUGAUUUGGUGGGAAAUUCUUUCGGCACUCACUGCUCAUGAAAAAUCUAGGGUAUGGUCUUCUAUUAGAGAAGGUAGGCUUCCAGAGAACUUCAUCAAACGAUUUCCGACAGAGGCAUCCACAAUCAAAAAGAUGCUUUCAACAUCAAGAAGAAUCUCUAUAUCUCAUUUACUUGACAUUGUUAAGUCUGUUGAUAGAGAGAAGGCACUUAAAAAUUAUUCUUGUUAAAUGUCCUUUCACACUGUGUUUAAAAUCCGGAGUUUGAUGAAUUUAUUACAAUUGAUGAAGUGACAACAGAUGUCAGAAGCAACAGCAAGGCUUGGGGCAUGUCUGUUCCUCGGCCACGUCACCAUUCACGUCUGCCAGCUGCAACCAGGACGGGGCACUUUGCAAGAAAUCACGUGCAAAUUUUAUCUGGAAACAUGGGUUGUGGAUGAGCUGGACUGUUUUGUACAAUAAGUAAUAGAAUCUAGUCCCUUUCCCCUCAAAGAUUAUGUUGAUGUGCUAACUGGGCUGUGGCAAAUCCCUGCAUGUGCUGCAUCCAUUAUCCCUUAUGGUUAUCUAUUGCUUUCUGUGGAAGAAGUGCUGUGUCUGGUGGUAUGUGACUCAAACCUUUCUGAUUUGUUCAGUGAUACUUUCAAUAAUUUCUGGAAUCCCCCCCUUAAUACCAAGAUUAGUUUUGGCAGAAAAGAUACUAGUAAUAGGUGAAUGUUAUUCCUCACUGAAUUUCAGUACUUUAAGGCAGGUCUUCUUAUCUCUUCACAGCUGCUGCUGACCUAGCACCUUCAAUGCUCUAGAAUUUAAACUUGUAAAAUAAGGAUUUCUUAAAAAUUUAAAUGUUAAACAUUCAGCUUCUAGGAAAUCUAAUUUAGAACAAAUCUCAGUUUUUGAAAACUUUGGUUUUGAUGGUUGUCCUUUUUGGAAAGGAACACUCAAGGUGAUAUUAAUAUAGGAAAAUUCUCCAACUGCCUCAGUAAUAAUCAUUUGAAAUCCUAGGCUGAGAGAGCAGUUUAAACAUUCCCAUGCUUUUAGGUUUUAGUCUCUUAUUGUAAUACUGAGGCAUACCUAACCCUUAGUAACUGUACUGAGUACCUCUGGUGUGCCCACUGCCAGCCCCACAGAAGGGAACAGCAGGUUCUCUGCUACUCUUCAUUUAUAUCUUUCAGAGUUCAGCCUUGCCUGAACUCAAAGUACUGUGUGUGGUGUGGGGAGCAGGGUGAAAAGACAGGCACAUUGGACCUUGAGGUCCAAUGGACCUUGAGGUGCUUGUCUUGGAGCUCUAUCUUGUCAAACUGAUGUGGGGCCAACAAAACUCCAUAAGGGAAAAUGAGCAGAGAUUUCUAAGCAAAAAAAAAGGUAAUAUAUGAAAUACUGUAAAGUGGGUGACUGCUCUAAAAUAAGUAAUACAAAUGAAUGUAUUUAUAUUCUUAGGGAAAUUACUGAUGUUCUGGUGCAAGUGUUAGUUGCCAAAUAAGAAUGUGAUUGUACAUACUUUUGUAAGGCCUUUUCUUUUUAUUUAUCAUGAAUCACAUAUAUAGAAUCAUAGAAUGGUUUGGGUUGGAAGGGACCUUAAAGAUCAACUCCCCUGCCCUUGGCAGGGACACUUUCCAGUAGAUGACAUUACUUAAGGACUUGUUCAAGCUGGCUUUGAACACUGCCCACAAUGAGGUAUCCAUAGCUGGGAAACUUGUUCCAGUGCUUCAUUACCUUCACAGUAAAGAAUUUCAUCCUAAUAUCUAAUACCAACCUUUCACUUCAAAGCCAUUCUCCCUUGUCCUAUCACUACAUGCCCU